UGGGAGGAGCGAUAUAAAGAUGAGCGUGUUGCGAACGAUCGGAAUAGAAGAAUAGAUCCGACAUCAUGUGGAAAUAUCGAACGAUCGGACUUUUUGCCUCACUGGCUUUUCUCUGUAUUCAAGCACAAGCUGCAGAUAUCAUAGUGAAACGUCAUUCUUUCGGAUUUGACGAUACCCUAACUUCCCAUGGCAAACAAUUUCUCUCUAAUUUGCCUGGAUUAGGCGGUGGAUUAGGCGGUGGAUUAGGCGGUGGAUUAGGCGGUGGAUUUGGUGGAGGAUUUGGUGGAGGAUUUGGUGGUGGCGGUGGUGGUGGUGGAGGAGGAGGAGGCGGAGGUGGAUUUGGUAGCGGUGCUGGUGGCAUAGGAGGAUAUGGCAAACCUGGAUGUAGUAGCGGAAAUUGUGGCGCCGGAGGUGGCGCUGGAGGUGGCGCUGGAGGUGGUGGCGGAGCUGGNGGUGGUGCCGGAGGAUAUGGUGGCGCUGGAGGAGGAGGCGGUGCUGGAGGAUAUGGUGGUGGCGGAGCUGGAGGUGGUGCCGGUGCACAUGGAGCAGGAUCGGCUGGUAUAAUAAAGACUGGUCCUGGCGGCUCAGGUGGUUAUGGUGGUGCAGGGGGCGGAGCAGGCAGGGGUGGUUACGGGGGGGCAGGAACUGGAGGUGGAAGCGGCGGCGGGAGAGGGGGUGCCGGGGGUUAUGGAGGUGCAGGUGGUGGUGGAGCUGGUAGCGGCGGCUACGGUGGAAAUGGUGGUGGUAGCUGUCCUGGAGGAUGCAAAAAUGGUUACGGAGGUGCCAAUGCGAACGCCAAUGCUUAUGCAAGCGCGAAUGCAAAUGCGAACGCAAGGGCGACUGCUUCCGCUAAUGCCUUUGCUGCUUCAAGUGCAUCCGCAAGUGCUAAUGCAAACGCAAAUGCUGGUGGCGGUGGUGGAUUUGGAGGAUUCGAUGACUUCGGUCCUGGAAGUGGCCAUGGAGUCGAAUUAGUCUCUUCAACCGCAUGGGCAAUAUCGACGAGGGAGUUAGUAAGAGCGGUAGCGUGGACAAAGCCAAAGGCGUUUAUAGCAGCAGUGCAGCCAAUAUCGAUUCUACUGGAAAGGGAUCGUACAAAGUAUCUGCUGGAAAAAUUGCUUAAGCGGUCUGAAAAAAAAUUCAAGUCGAUAUUCUGAAUCGAAAGCAAAAUUUAAUCUAUUUUAAAGAAAUUUAGGUAGUUAGGAAGAAAGAAUUUAUAUGAAUUUCUAGAAGAGUUGGCAGAGAUCUAAUGGAUUAUUUUUUGUUAUUGUUUACAAUUUACAAUGCAUGUUAUUAUAUUCAUGAUAAAAUGCGUCACUUGGCGCCAGAAAUCUCUUCUUUUUUCAAGAUUUUGCAACUUAACAUUGUGCAGUUCGAAUAAACAUUUAAUCUGUAAACAAUAAACGAAGAGGAAUAUUUUUAUAAUUCAAA